AUGGCAUUGAAUAAGCCUGAGCGUGGACAUGUUCCCAUUUCUGUUGACAAAAAGCAUUUCUACAUUCAUCCAUACUACACACGAAAUAAUACUAGGCAUGACAUCGGUUUGAUUCAUUUGCCGCGCAAAGUUCUGUUUUCAGAGCAUAUUCAACCGGUAAAAUUACCAACCGCAUGCAAAUCAACAUUACAUAAUAUUGACGCUUUUGCCAUGGGCCAUGGUAUAACUAGCGAUGAUGCCAGUACAUGUAAUGAGUUGAUUUUUUCUUUCUUGAAAACUCUUUCGCCAGCCGAUUGUCGUGAUACGUUUCCAGUUUCUUCAAAACAUACAACAAUUAUCUGCGCUCAAAAUGCUGUUAAAGGUCAAUCGGUUUGCAGAGAUGAUAGCGGCGGUCCACUAGUCUCGCGGGCCAAUGGCACUUUGAUUGGAAUUUCAAGCGGCGGCGUUUUACAGAUGGAUGUGACAAAGGCCUGCCGCAAGGAUUCACAAAUGUAUACCCUUAUCUCAGCUGGAUUAAUCAUUACACCCGUUUGAACACUCCGACUUGUUGAUUGCCAAUCAACCAGAUUUCGUAAUACAAGAAUUUGUAUAAACCGAAAUUGGCCGAAAUGGUUAGCAACUCGCUUUGAAUUUUCGAAUUAUCGCAAAACUUGUACACACAAAUAUUUAUUAAAUAAACCGUUUUUCUUCGAAUUAUCUAUUUUCAUUAUUACAUGAGUUGAUUACAAGGUAUACAUAUAUUUCACAUCAAAAUCAAAAGGUUGGCAAUUCCAAAACCGUUUCGCAAUCUGCGCAAAUUCACAAAAAUGUUGUUUCUCGGAAUGUCUGGCAAAAGAUAAAAAAUCUCUACAUUCAAAAAUUGAUAAAU